CUGCAGCGAGCCCCUAAACCCUAACGCCAGCAACAUUUCCCAAAUCUCCCCGAUAUUUUCCUCGAUCGAUCUCUGGAAAAUGCCGAAUCCUAGGGUUUUCUUCGACAUGGCCGUCGGCGGCGCGCCUGCUGGUCGGAUCGUGAUGGAGCUCUUCGCCGACACAACGCCGGAGACCGCGGAGAAUUUCCGCGCCCUCUGCACCGGCGAGAAAGGCGUGGGGAGGAUGGGCAAGCCUCUGCACUACAAGGGAUCCACCUUCCACCGGGUGAUCCCCGGAUUCAUGUGCCAGGGAGGCGAUUUCACCGCCGGAAAUGGCACCGGCGGCGAAUCAAUCUACGGCGCCAAGUUCAAGGACGAGAACUUCAUCAAGAAGCACACCGGCCCUGGGAUCCUGUCCAUGGCGAACGCUGGUCCGAACACCAACGGAUCUCAGUUCUUCAUCUGCACGGCGCAGACGUCGUGGCUCGACGGGAAGCACGUGGUGUUCGGACAAGUUGUCGAGGGUUUGGAUGUGGUGAAGGGCAUCGAGGGCGUCGGAUCUCAGUCCGGGAAGACAGCGAAGCGCGUGGUGAUCGCCGACUGCGGUCAGCUUUCCUAGAUCUCGAAAAUUUACCUUGAUCGUAUAACGAUGGUAGCUCUGUCACUUUGUUUUUAGUUGUGUUUUUUUUAUCUUCUAUGUUAAUGGAUCCUACAAUAUGUGUGGGGUUUGAGUCUGUGGUUUUGGGAUCGUUUGAGUUUGGAGUUUGGAUUUGGCUACCAUCAAUAACAAGGUUUAGGCUUCCUUAUAAUCAGCAUCGAUCUCUGUUCACUUUGAUGAUUCCUUCA